GUCCUGAGGCUCCGUGAAAGUAAACGCCGAGUGUGCAAGUGGAAAACCUAAAUUAAAAUACUGUUGCAGCUAAAUUACUAUGGUUAUUUGGAGAAUUUAUACUGAACAUUGUGUAACAUUUGGUCGUUUGUAGCUCAUAAGUACAGCUAGAAAUUCGUUAACAUUUCCCUAUGUAACUUCUGGAUGAUGGGACGUUAACUACUUCCGGGUGAAGAGGAUGUUGGUAUUGUCAGCAUUGAUACGUUGCGUGUGAAGCGCAGGAGUAAAAUAAUAUCUCGUUAGUCAACGUUAAUUUUACCUAAAUGAAUGAAAUGAACAUGCUGACAGGCUAUUGACACAAAUUGGCAAAGAUGGCUUCACCAUCAUUAAUAUCAGGUGUUGUGGUAGUAGCGGAGCCAGUGGCAAGCCCUUCACCAAGUCCAAGCAACAAAACACUUGCGAUAAAUCCGUCUUUUCAGGCCAAAGGGAAGAAACGACCUGCAAGCCCGGCCAACAGUUCUCCAGCCUUGGUCAGCGGCAACAGUAGCAAAAAGAAGAAACUAUGUUUCUCUGCCAGCAUGAUUGAGCCUCUACCACAGCCACCACAGAUGGCAGCAGUGGAUUCGGUCACUGAACCGAAGAUGGCCGGCUCUUCAGACCCUGGCCCUGCAGCUGUGGAGCCCACAGCCAAACCCCUGCCCUUUAAGGACCCCAGCUUUGUGCAUUCUGGGAUCGGUGGGGCAGCGGCGGGGAAGAAGAACCGGACCUGGAAGAACCUGAAGCAGAUCCUGGCCGCCGAGCGGGCCCUGCCCUGGCAGCUCAGUGACCCAAACUAUUACAGCAUCGAUGCCCCUCCAUCCUUCAAGCCGGCUAAAAAGUACUCUGACAUCUCAGGGCUCCCGGCCAAUUACACAGACCCCCAGACCAAGCUGAGGUUCACCUCCAGCGAGGAGUUCUCUUACAUCCGCCUGCUGCCCACAGACGUGGUGACGGGCUACCUGGCGCUGCGCAAGGCCACCUGCAUCGUGCCCUGAGCGGCAGGGCUCCACCGACGGGCACUCAGUCCAAGUUUAAGAACAGUGACCGCAGCUGAAUUUUACCCCCAAAAUCCAGGAUUCAAUGCUCUUUGUUCCCCAAGUCAGAUGAAAAGAACUAAUAAAUGACAGCGUCAGACAUGCCUCCACAUUUUGAGUGGGGGUAGCGUGUCAUUGUCCUGUCCAGUGCUUCGGGAUUUGCUUGUGCAGGUGGUUAGAUAUACGCUCAGGACACUGUCUCACUGUGUUCUCCUUGACCACCUGCUGCGAUCUUUCAGUUUCUUUUAAGCUAAUGAUUUGAGCAAAUGGAGAAAUGGUCACUUGCUGUAUGAUAGCUGGGAAAAAAUGUCUUCCAGACCAAAUUUCUUGUGACAGUUAAUUCCUGCCAGUUGUUGUUUUUACAUUUUGUGGCCAGACUAAACACAUGACUAUAAGAUGGGUCCUGAUUGUUGGAUGAAGAGUUCAGAAUGGAUUGCUACCCUUUAAGGUUAGACACUGGCAAGUAUUGUGGCUGAUAACUCAGAACACUGGGUGAUUGUGUUACUGGCUGAACGUGGUAAUGAUAAUUGAAUACAGAUUUUAUUUUUAUCAUUUUUAUUGUAACUAGUUAAAGUUGCCUGUUGCUUUGGAAACUGUACUUGAUGCGCUUAAUUGCAUUUGUGUUGAGCAAUGGCUGGGAAGCAAAAAUUCUAAAAUAUCCUGUCCUGAUGUGUUAUUAAUUUGCAUCUCAGUCCCACUUGUUCUUCUCUGCUCAUUAAAUGAAGUACCGGUU